CUGUGUUCCACAGCACUUUAUGCCACUUUGUUUAUUUAUACAAAGUUACAAACGCACACGCGUCUUGAGAUAGUAGUACCAAAAAAAUCCAGCUUGGGGAACAGCCGUUUGUUUACUGUUUAGCCUUGGAGCGCCAUCAACGGCUGGCCCAUUUGGCAGCUGGGCAGGGGAGCGGAGAAACGGUCGUCGUCCUCCGGGCCCCGCGGCCCAGCUCGGCCGAACGCGCCAUGGAAACGCUCUCGAACGACACCCCCCCGACGGAAACGCGCGUCCGUCCUCCUCCUCCGUCACCAUUGGCGCCACGCCUAUAAAACCGCCCGCGACCGCGAGUCCAACCUACCUACAGCGUUGCCGCCACCGCGUACUGUCAUCCGUCGCACGAGCCGCGGAGAGGAAGGCUUCCUGUCGGUCGGUCGGUUGUGAGCUUGUGAUGGGCGCCACGUCGUACGAGAGGCUGUCGAGCCCCGCCGCCGGGAGCGGGCGCCGCGGCGGCGGAGGGGGGGCGUGGGCGGCGCUGAUGCGCGGGCUGGCGCGGCUGUGCGCCGCGCGGCGCGGGCGGUGGGCGCCGGCGAGGGGCAUGCUGGUGCGGGCGCGGGGGAGGACUAGGAGCUGGCGCGGCAGGAGGGUGGCGGCCGGGUGCGGGUACGACUCCGAGGGCUACGCGCGCAACUUCGACGACGGGCUGUGGAAGGCGGAGGAGGGCGCGCCGUGGAGAGCCGCCGGGCCGGCCAUCGGCGCCUGCAGGCUCGCGCGCGCCGCCGUGUCCUCCGUCCAGUGAUUCAUUCUUUCGGCGUUCUUGUGAUCGCCCUGUUCGUUGUGAGGUAGCCAUUGGUUGGUUUUUUUUCAGGAUUUGAUUGUCGUAUAGUUGGAUUAGUUGUAGGACAGUUUUGUCUGUAUAGUUUGUAAAAUCAGGCACACAGAAAUAAAUAAGUCUCGGUGUACAUGGCCAAGUUUCAAGUU